AAAAGGUAGACUGAUAAUAUGAAGAUUAACCAUUUUAACCUUCAUCUAAUCUGUGACCUUUCUAAGUGCAAUGUACAGUACAAUGUAUUUCCUGAAUGCCAACACGGUGAACCCUAAAUGGGGAUUCCCCUUAACUAAAUGGUUUCUAUUCCGAUAAGUCUUUAUAUGAAACAAAAGAAAAAGAAAACUGGUAAACGUAGACUAAAAUAGAUCUUAGCUCUCUCACUCCACAGUCUGCUGCAGUGAACGAUCAACAAAAAGAAGAUGAAAGUUUAUCAUUACACCUCAGAAGAUGGCCUGAAAGGCAUACAGUCGUCUAUGAUGAUUCAUGAAUCUACAGACACAACUAAAGAUGCAAUGCUUGGAUAUGGUGUUUACUUUACAACUAUGGAUCCUGGACAGCACUCAAAAGAAGAAAUUUUACAAAAUAAUUAUGAUAGUGCAAUAAGGGCAAUGCAUGUCAAAAGAAUGGACUACGCUAUAGAGGUGGAGAUCCCAAUAGGCCAACUGAAAGAAAAUCCAGGAAUGAGAAAUGUUUGGGUUCAUCCUGGAUCUGUAUAUCUGAAUGAUUAUCCACAUCGAUUCAUCAGAGUCAGUGAUGAUCUUAAAAAAGUGUUUGAAAAAGGGUCACUAUUGAGAAAUGUAUUUCUUGGAGGUGUAAUUGUAGCAGGAGUCUUAGCCUUGGGAGCAGUUUUUAACUGGAACUAAGGUUUAUUUAGGAAACCAUGUUUAAUUUAUCUGAUAUAAUAAUAUAAGAACUUACCCCUAAGUUGUGACAGUUACAUCUUGUGUCAUUGCCAGCCCUCUGCUGAUACUCCUCGUCAUUAGGGAAGCUACAAGAUGCACUGUAUAUAGCACUAGGUGUAUCAGGCACUUGAACAGGGCUACGUAACAUGUGGUUCAGGCUUCCUAUUGUUCCAUUGUUUGGAACACCAGUCACAUUUAAUAAACCUACAAGAUAUUUAGUUCUUA